GGAAAAUCACUCCAUCAUCCUCCUUCUGUACAUGGACCACCCUCCACCUCUCCGCUCCAGUGCUGGUGCUGCUGGUGUCGUAAGUCAGCACAGGCCCUCAGUCUCAGUGGGAGAAGAAGGGAAACGGAGCACUGAGGGCGAGGAGACACAGAAUGAAUCUGAGGGAGGUGCACAACUAAGACAGCAUUGACUGAACUCAUUGACACAGAUUAUUUGGCUGUUUGGUGGAAGCAAGAGGAGCAGUCAUGGGAUUCGAUGUGUGGAGCCUUUUCCUCCUGUUGGCUUUGUCCCUCUGGAGCAACAGUCAUGCCUUGAAAAUGAACCCCAUCCUGUCCAGGAUUCGAAGAGCUCCACAAGCUGCUGAAGAAAACAAGAAAUGCUCCUACACCUUUUUGGUCCCAGAGCAAAAGAUCACAGGUCCUAUUUGUGCUGCCCGUGGGUACUCCACUGAUAAAGACCGGGUGACUCGUCUGGACGUAGCUUCGGUGCGAGACCUACUGUCCAAACAGCGUCAGGAGAUGGAAACUUUGAAGCUUGUGGUGGAUGUGGAUGGUAACCUGGUGAACGAGAUGAAGCUAUUAAGGAAGGAGAGUAGAAACAUGAACUCUAGAGUGACCCAGCUUUACAUGCAGCUGUUGCAUGAGAUCAUAAGGAAAAGGGACAACUCACUGGAGCUGGCCCAGCUGGAGACACGCAUCCUUAAUGCCACAGCUGAGUCACUAAGGCUGACCUCCCGGUACAAAGAGCUGGAGGCCAAAUAUGCAGCACUGUCUGCAAUCGUGAACAAUCAAUCAGUUCUGAUUGGACAGUUGGAGGAACACUGCAUGCAGAUGUAUAGUCGCAGACAUGAACAGCCACCCAUAGGACCUCCGUUGGUACAGGUGGUGCCUGAAAACAUUCCAGUCAGUGUGCCACGGUUCACCAACGAGAUCCAGAGUCGCAACGCCAGAGGGUUUGGCCCAGAAAGGGGCUCUCGGUCUGGGUCAACUCCCACGAGCAGUACGCCUGAGAUCCAGAAAUCAGAGAGAAACUUCAGCACGGAGGGCCCGUUCAGAGACUGCCAGGAGGCCCAGGAAGCUGGCCACAGCACCAGCGGCAUGUAUCUCAUCAAACCAGAUGAAUCAGAGAGGACGGUGCAAGCCUGGUGUGAACAGGAUAUCGACAACGGAGGGUGGACGGUUAUCCAGCGCCGGAAAGAUGGAUCAGUUAACUUCUUCAGGAACUGGGAUAACUACAAGACUGGCUUUGGCAACAUAGACGGGGAGUACUGGCUCGGCCUGGAAGCGAUCUACAAGUUAGGGCGGCAGGGAGACUACAAGCUCAUGGUAGAGAUGGAGGACUGGAUGGAUAAAAAGGUCUACGCGCAGUACGACAGCUUCCACCUGGAGCCUGAGAGCGAGGGCUACCGCCUGAGGCUGGGUACCUACCAGGGCAACGCCGGGGAUUCGCUCAGCAGCCACAACGGCAAACAGUUCACCACUCUGGACAGAGACAAGGACACCUUCUCAGGUAACUGUGCCCAUUUCCAUAAAGGAGGCUGGUGGUACAACGCUUGUGGCCAAGCUAACCUUAACGGUGUCUGGUACACCGGAGGAGUGUACCGCAGCAAAUUCCAGGACGGGAUCUUCUGGGCCGACUACGGCGGCGGUUUCUACUCCAUGAAGUCCGUUCGCAUGCUGAUCCGGCCCAUAGACUGAGGCUGCGAGAAGUACUGACCCAAAACAGGGUCGGCAAAUGCAAGACUCAUUCUUUUGUUGUUGCUUUAAACCGUACAUCAGCAGCGAGAGGUUGACCCUAGAUGGAAAAAAGUCAACAAGUGGAAAGAGGCCAAGCAGCUGUUUGCAGGAACAGACACAAACUCUGUAAAUAAGGGAUUUAGGGAACACAGAUUUGUAUUUCUAUAAAGCAUAACCUCAGUGCCUGCAAAAGCUAUUCAUAGUCCUUGAACUUUUAAACUUUGUGUUAAGUUACAAACAUCAAUUCUAUGUAAAACACCAACACAAAAAUUUGAAAAUGCUUUUCAAAUUAUUUAAAUUAAGAAACUUUGCAAGGAUUUGUAUUGAGCACCAUUUAAACACCAUGUGCAACAGAAAAGUAAAGCUGAUCUUGUACAAACAAGCAUAAAUUGAGGAAGAACGCUGCUGCCAUUCUCAGCAGAACCAAUCGAGCUAUUUUGCAAAGAACCUGAUUACAUUAAAUGUAAAAUUUUCUCAGGAGCAAAAUGUGGAAAAAGUUCAAGGAGUUUGAAUUAUUUUCAAGGUCCUCAAUGUAAAAAAAAAAACUUAACCGGUACUAACGUCACACCAUCCGAAUGCAGCUUCACCUACCUCACCGAGACAAACAUCUGGUGCAAACACUCAUAUUUCUGGUAUUGCUUUGCCUUAUUUAGAUGCUUGGAAAUGGAAAACAUACAAUGUUAAUACCUGCAUAGAUCAAUGUAAACUAAAUCCACUUUUCCAGAUCCAAAGCAUCACAUUUAGUUGCACAGUGUUUUUUUUAUUUAAAUCCUUACCCUUAAAACAACCUUUAUACUGCAUGCUUAAAUACUUUGUCUGAACGCAGAUGACCAGAAAGUAUAAUUUAUGCAUAUAAUUAAGUUAUCAUAACAUUGAAAAGGGCCAGGUGUCCUUUGAGAGAUGGAAAUGAUCCUAUAGAAAAACAGGAGCUGUUUCCUCCUGCUGUAAAUAGGAAAAUCAUUCUUAAAGUGUGCACGCUCAUAUGGAAAUUGUUCAUGUGUGUUUUUCUCAUUUGGACUUUGAUUAAAGUUCAGCACGACUCUGGGAAA